AUGCAAAACAAUCAAAUGGCUCAAAAUAUGCAACCAAGUAUGCAAUCUGGUCCAGCGAGUGGGACUCCUAAUGCAUUUCCACAAGCUCAUGGUAGUCAUCCAACAAUAAACGCUAGUUCAACUCCAAUGGGUUAUUAUGCACUUCGAGCGAAAGAAUUUGUGUCAUCAAUUGUAAAUCAAAGAAGUAGAACUGAAGGAAUUGGUGAUAUGGGUGGAAGCAGCGGAGGAAUAAUGAGUCAUUCAAGAUUUGUUGAAUUAAUGAUUCCUGGGCCAAAAGUUGGUUUAAUUAUUGGAAAAGGCGGAGAAACGAUAAAACAACUUCAAGAAAAAUCUGGAGCUAAGAUGGUUGUUAUUCAAGAAGGUCCUUCUCAAGAACAAGAAAAACCUUUAAGGAUAACUGGUGAUCCACAAAAGGUAGAAUAUGCUAAACAACUAGUAUAUGAAUUAAUAGCUGAAAAAGGAAUGGAAAUGUUUCAUAGAGGUGCAAGAGGAAAUGAUAGGAGUGGAAAUUAUUCUAAUGAUAGUAGUUUUAACCAUGGUUCUGGAAUCACUGAUGGAGUGGAAGUACUUGUUCCAAGAGCAGCAGUAGGUGUUGUUAUUGGUAAAGGAGGAGAUAUGAUUAAAAAAAUACAGGCAGAGACUGGUGCAAGAGUUCAAUUUGAACAGGGACGGGAGGACGGCCCUGGGGACAGAAAAUGCAUAGUGUCUGGCAAACAUCAAGCUGUAGAACAAGUGCGUCAACGCAUUCAGGAACUUAUUGAUAAUGUAAUGUGAAGAGAUGAUGAUAGAAGUAAUAUAGGAGCAAGAAGUGUCCCACGAGGCAAUGGAUUUGGCAAUAAUCGUAAUCCAAAUGAAUAUGGCGGAUGGGAUAGGCAUCAAGGAGGACCUAUGCAAGAUAAAAUAGAAACAAUGUUCACUGUACCAUCUUCGAAAUGUGGUAUUAUUAUAGGAAAAGGUGAUGAAACCAUUAAACAGAUAAAUCAGCAGACUGGAGCACAUUGUGAACUAGAUAGAAGAAAUCAAAGUAAUGAGAAUGAAAAAAUUUUCAUAAUUCGUGGAAACCAUGAACAAGUGGCGCAUGAAAAAAGAAUAUUUAGCAAAAAGUUAGGCAUGGCUCCAGCUAAUACGUCAUUUACUGGUACACAAGGAACAAUUGGAUAUAAUCCAACUUGGAAUGCUGGAACAGCUUACCAAGCCUAUAAAUUAUGA